AUGCCGCCUAAAGUCGAGCGUGGGGGCAGACCAGGACAACAGCGCACUGAAUCAAGGUCUAAUCUAGUCGGCAAGUUCACCACAAGUGUCAAAAAAUUCGUUUCGGAGGUCGAGUUUGACCACACCCGCGAGAGCGCCACCCAACUCUCCCAGAGACUGUUCUAUAUGAACACUCGUAUAACGAAGUCGUACUACACAGUUCGCAACGCGCUUACGACGUUACACGAGAAGUAUGAGAUGUCCAAAGCGGAAAAAAAUGUCGUCAGAAGAUACGGCAUGUUCAAAACAAUGGUGAAAGACGUGAUCAACCUGGACACGCAGUACUGGUUACUGCUCGACGUUCCGAAGCAAGACAAACAGGAACAGGUCACCAAUUACGUUUUGAGGACAUGCACUUGUCUCGAAAAAGCGGGUGAAUCGAGAACGGUCGACGGACAACCUCCGAGAAACACACAGGAAGAAGAAAGCCUCGCCAAAGAGCGGAAGCAAAGACUCGAUGCCAUCACUGUCAAAGAGAUCGAGGAUGAAAACACGCAGACGAUCAACGAUCUAUACCGUCUGCUCAAACGAUAUUCUGCCUUGAAGGCAGUCGUACAUCAGCUACGGCUAUCGUACCAGGACUCCAAGGUGUACCCUUUCAUCCCAAGGUACAAUAUGCUAAAGGACAUGAUCAAAGGAGUUCUUCGAGACCCCAACUACAUGGAAGUUUGCCACGAAGACAUCAACCAAUAUGAAGACGAAGCAGCGUAA